ACAGGGAGUCCUUCACGAACUCUGUCCACCAUGUCUCUGUCCGUUCGUCCAGUCAGAAGGAUCAUUUCCAGGUCCAUCACUAGGAGCCAGAGCUUCACUGGAGUUAACACCCAGGACAGGCCUUACAGGACCCUCUCAGUGUUCAGCACUCCUGGUAUCAGCAGAAAGUCCAGCCGAGCCAGUGGGCUUUUCAGCAUGUCCACCAAACCAAACCCACCGCCGAAAGUUCCCCAACCAGAGCGGCUGGAUGAAGUCUACAGCGCCGUGAAGAAAGGCCUCCAGUCUUACCUCCAGCUCUACCAAAUGGAUCUGGAGAACAUCAGCAGGCAGAUUAAAGUCUCUAAAAGAAACUCCCGGCUGGGUUUCCUCUACGAAUUAGAUAAGCAAGUGAAGGUGAUCGAGCGGUACAUCACCAGACUGGAGUUUCAUCUCAGCAAGGUUGAAGAGUUUUAUGAAGCCUACUGCCUUCAGAGGAAACUGAGAGACGGAGCCCACAAGAUGGUGAAAGCUUACACGGCCAACCCAGGAAGCAGGGAGGCCAAGGAGAGUCUGGGAGAGGCCACUAAAGGAUACAAGGAAUGCACAGAG